AUAGCAGACAGAGUAGCGAGUAAGAAAAAGGAAAGUAUCAUUGUUAUCAGAGUCAGAAAAAAAAAAAUAUAUAUAUAUAUAUAUAGGGUUUGUCAACUUUUAAAUAGCCCUGUAAAGUUACAGUAACAUUUUAUUACAAACGUAAAGAAAAUCAUUUAAGAGGAAGGCGUAAAUCGUCUAGGGGUCGUAUUACAGUAUUCCAGACUUCUCAGGUCAGAAGUUUUUUUCCUUCUACAAAAGUGGGGGGAUGGUGAAUGCUUCUACGAGUUUGGAAAACGAUUCAAACUACAACAGUGCACAGGGUCGCAGAUGCACUUAAUUUAUUUGUUAUGUUUAACUUUGCAAAAACUUCAAACCUGACUUCAUAUGGAUUUUCUAGAGAAAGGAGUAAAUGGACCAAAAACGGCUAUCGUCGACUUGUAUACAAAACUGAUUGAUAUGGCGUUGAUGAUAAGUUUGGAUAACGGGAAGCUCGGAGAAAAUACAGGAUUUCCUUUAGCUUAGAAGCAGUUUUUUUUCACCAGGACACGCAACGCGGUUGAAGAAAUAUUUUUGCCAUACACUACAACAGAAAAGGGGAAGUUUAAUUCUUGUGGCUAUAGUGUUGCACAGUUAGGCUUUCCAAGAUGUCUUCCCGAGGAUGUGUCUUUGUUGAAAGAUGUGGGAUGUUUUUGGUAUUGGGGUAUUUCUUUUUCCCAAUUUAUUUGGGCAAAGCGCAGCAAAACAACAGUGGGUUAUUCGAACACUGUAAGAAAACGUCAACUUGUGAAGCUCUGAAAUACAACACAUGUCUUGGCUCGCCAUUGCCCUACACUUACACCUCUGUUAGUCUGGCUGAAGAUUCCACCUCUCAAGAAGAAGCAUUGGAAAAACUGACCAUGUGGUCAGGUCUGAGGAACGCGCCUCGCUGCUGGGAAGUCAUUCAGCCCUUGCUGUGCUCUGUCUACAUGCCCAAGUGUGACAAUGGGAAGGUGGAACUGCCCAGCCAGAGCCUCUGUCAUAAGACCAGAGGACCCUGCGCCAUUGUGGAGCGGGAGAGAGGCUGGCCAGACUUCCUGAAGUGCACCACUGAUAAAUUUCCAGUAGGAUGUCCGAAUGAGGUUCAGAACAUCAAGUUCAACAGCUCCGGGCAAUGCGAGUCCCCCCUGGUGAAGACAGACAACCCGAACAGCUGGUAUGAGGACGUGGAGGGCUGUGGUAUUCAGUGUCAUAACCCACUGUUCACUGAGGAAGAGCACAGGGACAUGCACGUCUAUAUCGCUGUCUUUGGCUCCGUCACCAUCUUCUGUACCUUCUUCACACUGGCCACUUUUGUAGCUGAUUGGAAGAACUCAAAUCGCUAUCCUGCCGUCAUUCUGUUUUAUGUCAACGCUUGUUUCUUCAUCGGAAGUAUUGGCUGGCUGGCACAGUUCAUGGACGGUGCCCGUGGAGAGAUUGUGUGUAAAGCAGAUGGGACCAUGAGACUUGGCGAGCCAACGUCUACAGAGACGCUUUCUUGUGUGAUUAUCUUUGUGAUCGUCUACUACUCCCUGAUGUCGGGGGUCAUCUGGUUCGUUAUACUGACCUAUGCCUGGCACACUUCCUUUAAAGCACUUGGCACCACUUACCAACCUCUGGCUGGCAAAACGUCCUACUUCCACCUGGUUACAUGGUCCAUUCCUUUUGUGCUGACUGUGGCAAUACUGGCAAUGGCUGAGGUGGAUGGAGACUCAGUUAGUGGAAUCUGCUUUGUUGGCUACAAGCACUACCACUACAGAGCGGGCUUUGUGCUGGCCCCCAUUGGGCUUGUCUUGAUUGUUGGUGGCUACUUUCUUAUUCAAGGUGUCAUGACGUUGUUUUCAAUUAAGAGUAACCAUCCUGGGCUUCUGAGUGAAAAGGCAGCCAGCAAAAUUAAUGAAACCAUGCUCAGACUCGGUAUAUUUGGAUUUCUGGCCUUCGGCUUUGUUUUUAUUACAUUUGGCUGCCAUUUCUAUGACUUCUUCAACCAGGCUGAAUGGGAGAGAAGCUUCAGAGAAUACGUGUUGUGUGAAGCCAAUGUGACAAUUGCACACCAAGCCAACAAGCCAGUGCCGGAAUGUGCCAUCAAGAACCGGCCUAGCCUGCUGGUGGAGAAGAUCAACCUCUUCUCUAUGUUUGGGACAGGCAUCGCUAUGAGUACAUGGGUGUGGACCAAAGCCACAGUCCUCAUCUGGAAACGCACCUGGUGCAGGGUUAUUGGUCGGAGCGACGAUGAACCGAAGCGGAUAAAGAAAAGUAAGAUGAUCGCUAAAGCGUUCUCCAAACGAAAGGAGUUAAUGAAGAAUCCUGAGAAAGAACUGUCCUUUAGCAUGCAGACUGUCUCUCAUGAUGGACCUGUAGCUGGUUUAAACUUUGAAUUGAACGAACCUUCUGUGGAAAUGUCCUCUGCCUGGGCACAACAUGUUACCAAGAUGGUUGCCAGACGAGGAGCCAUUCUGCCUCAAGAUAUCUCUGUCACUCCCACAGGAACACCAACGCCACCUGAGGACAACAGGAAGAAUCUUUGGAUAGUGGAAGCAGAGAUUCCUCCUGAGCUCCACAAGAAGAAAAAGAGAAAGAGGAGGAAAAAGGAAGUGCGCCCCCUGGGCCCGACGGCGGAGGUUUACGACGUGGGUUAUGAAAGAGCCUCCAGCGCUGUACCGCGACUCCCCAGGCUGCCCUGCCAGAAGAGCCUGGUGGCCAAGAACUGGGAGCCUGUCUCCCCUGAGGAGGUCCUGCCUGGCUCCUUCCCAAAGUUCAAACCAACCGCACCACCACUAUACCAGGAGCGAAACUCCAAUGCAGUCUUCAGCGGCCCUUCAGACUACAAAGGACAUACCGCGUCGAACAUGAUUGAAAACCCCUUGUCCGCAGACAGCAGGUUCCAGGAGGACCCCGGCUUUGUAAACAGUGGACGCUUCCGUCCCCAACUGAGGCAGUAUAGUGGAUCGUUCCGCCACUCCACUGGGGAGGUGGAGCCUGUCUCGUUGCCCAAUGGGAAUAUGUCCUACAUGCCCAGAACGCAAGGGAGAAGAGCUGGCCUGGCACCCAUCCAUUCCAGAACCAAUCUAAUGGAAGCAGAACUAAUGGAUACAGAUUCAGACUUCUGAGUGCCCUUUGUGUCAUACUGUAGCAGAAAGUGCUGGAUGCUUUUAGUUGUACCCCUCCCUUUCUUCCAAUAUAUUAAAAACAAACUGAAAUGAUGGGGGAAUGGGGGGGGGGGGUUUUAGAAGGCCAGGUUAGCCAAUAGAAAAGGGAAGGGUUGCAGGUAACCCCUUCAGACUUCACGUCUAUUCUCUGAAUACAGAAGAAAUAGCCAAUACAUUAUUUUUUACGCCCAGUGAACUGUUGGUGAAGCCAUAAAUGAAACCGCUGGAGUGCUACGAUCGGAUUUCUCACUCAAGCUCUCUAUAGGGGCCAGUACUUCUUUAAAACGAUAUACUUUUUUUACAUAGUAUGGCAGGAGACUUCCAUAUACAGCCAAUCUUUGCAUGAAAACAAGAAUUAUCAAUAAUAAUAAUAAUUGUAUCCUUAACGAUAUUUAAAUUUUGAUCUGAUGUGUCAGUCUAGGUUUACUCAGCCCAGAGAGGUAUUUCUAUUCAUGCAAAAAUCAUGUGCUGAAGACAACAGGUUGGAACCAUUUCUGCAGUUGAAGCUCUGGGCUGCUGGACCCUUAUUCUUUGACAAGAAAACACUCCUCCUGGAAACCCACAAGUUUGCUUUGCCCUGUCAUGAAGAUUUAUGUUUGCUUAUAAUUGUCUGUUGUCUUUUCACUUUGGAUAUUUAGGUUACGGAUUUCGUUUUAUCCAAUUAUUUAGUAUUGUAUGAAACCGAGCUGCCUAUUUUUGAUAUUUAAAAAUGUAUAGGAUUACAGUUCUAGCAAAAGGAAGAAAAGAAAAAAAAAAGCACAACGAACAAACAUUUCUAAGGAAGAGACAGAGCUUGGAGUUGUUAUCUUUUCUAAUUUCCAGAAGUAUGACCGGUGCUUUUUGAUACUUGGAAAGCCUAAUACAAAUGCUUUAGAAAUCAGGCAAUUGAGGAUUACAAAAAAAGUAUUUAGCAGCACCACCUUGUGGUUUAUUUUAAACAACAUCUUACUGUUAAAAUAUAGUAAAAACUUACUUAAGGAAGUUGAACUUGCUGGAAACAUGCCUUGCAAGGUGGCAAACAACCAACCAACUGUGUCAUGAGAGUGGUUAGCUGUGUACGCACUUCUGCAUUCAAAAUCGUUAAGCUGAGAUCCCCUUUUGCCUGCUGAUGAAGGGAAGCAAGUAGCUGACGAUGAAGAAUCUUGCUCCAUUACAGGUCUGUGGAUAGCUGUCUUUUCACAAAGAGUUUAAUACAAGUUGAUAUAGUGUGUUCUAAGACAUGGUUAACUGUUAAAAACAAUAUCAUUGGAGAAUGUUCAGUGUGUUCAAAGGCUUAAUUGGAGCUGUGAAUAAAUGUACACUUGCCCUAAAUUUUGCUUAAUGAUUGAAUAACUAGGCUUAUACAAUAAGACCAUUGUUCAUUGAUCUAACUUUAAGGAUAUAAUGGUUUGAGUGAGGUUUCAUUUUUUAUUGCCUUAUGUUUUUCCUUUUUCUGUAUAUGAUGUAUUUCAUGUAGUAUACAUAGACCAGUUAUUUUGUGCAGUAAAUAAUAUAUUACCAACAUGACUGUAUUAGAUAUUGAGAUGCUAGUCUGAAUAACAGAACAAAUUAAGUUUGUUUUUGAAAUGAGUUACAUAAUUGGGUUGUGUAAUUUCAGUUGGGUUACUGUUUGCCCCUUUGUUAGACUACACAGCUUGAUCACAAGCACCAGUACUUCCAGUUUUUUUUCUGUUAGUUUUUCAGUUUGGCAUUUGCAACCACAGCAUUGAAAGUGAGGGAAAACAAAAAUCUAUUUUAAUAAUGUAUUGUUUAAAAAUGUAGGAGUGAAGUGAAUAUUUCGCAGUGAUAAUAUAUUUUAUGGAUGGGGAUCCCUCCUAGCUGGUUCACUUGGUCAGCUGAAUAGACUAUGGUUGCUUGUUGAAGCUAAACCAUCUCGUAACAUCCAUAAACAAUUAGGCAAAUGUUUCAGCCAAUGUUUUUGUCAGUGCCAGUAAUCUGCAGAGGCCUCAUUUUAAAGGCACUAGUGGAUCAAUCAGGCCUGGGUCAUGUCAGCAAUUAAUGAUUCUACCAUAAAAACUUCUAAACGGUCUGGCAAUUUUACCAUCGUCAUUCUUAUUAAUGACCUUAUGUUAAGGCAGUGUGAAAUCAACCUGUUUACUAAGGUACUACAGGUACUUCAUAUACAGCGUGUGUGAUGUUGUAUUGAUAUUGUGUUAUACAGAGAUUGUACCUGUAAAAGUUUAUAGAGAAAGGGUUAUUUUUAUAUAUGUCAACUUUUCUUGUAAUCAAUAUGUAUGUGUCUAUAGUAACACAGUGCAUUCUAAUGGGUGUUUUUUUAAAGGAUGUAAUUAAUCUAUAUAAGGAGAGCUAGGUACAUUUAUUCAAUCAGUUCUUCUCAGUGGCUAAUCUAAAUACCACCUUCAUUUAAAUUAUUAAAUUAGGACAUCCCUGUCAUUUUUACAUAUUUCUACAGGCAGAAAUACACUAAAGAGACUUAACGUGCGCUGUUGGGUGUAACUUUGAUACCCAAAGAGCCUUCAAUUAUUUAAACCACAGCACAAUUUAAGUCCACCACUGCUUAGAUCAAUUGAAAAUACCCCUUUUAUACGUUAGGAAUUGUGGAAGUGAGUUCCAAUAUGCAAUCACUAAAACAGAAAAGAAAAUAAUUUACCACAACUAUAAUUGUGUUUCUUCUGCCCGAAACCUGAUUCCAGAAGUAAUUCUCAGUGAGCGGGAUGUCCCAGUGAUAGCUGUCGCCUCCAGAAGCACACGCAUUUAGACAAGCAUGAUUAGUAAAGCAUGCCAGUGCAAGCUAGAUGAGCACAUGCAGAAACAUGUGUCAGGAACAUGUUUUCCUUUUAGAACAUACCUGCAAAUGGAAAUAAUUACUUUGAACUGCAGGUUCAGUUUAAAAAAGCACGACGGCACUGGGCAGUGGAAAUGUAGCUUGGGUUUCCAACCGAGAACUCCUGUGGGUCUGUCGAAUGAGAACAUGCACCACACCAAGCAAUAGGUUUCAGAUCAACUCGCUGUAGUGGUUUGGGCCAUUUGGACCGCUUAAUCCUGUUGUGUUUCAUAUUCAGAGAAUGUAAUGCAAUAAGUGUGGGCAUUGUAGUCUUCCUUUCUCUACAAAAACCUAAAAUGUUUGUAUGUGAGAGGAGAUUGGUCUAUAAUGCAGAGGUUUAUGUUUUAAGAGUGGUCUACACUUUCACAAGUCCAAUCGUAGCGUGUCCUUCUAUACUAACAAUACAAAUUGAAACACAUUGAAUCUUAUUCUAAGUAUUCUUCACUUUUUUUUUUUACAAUAUGUUCACGUUUAAUAUGUAAAUGCCACCUUAAAACUUUAUUUUAAAGUUUUUUCAAGGACAAAACAAUACUUUUUUGGGGGGGGUUUGGUUUGUGGUUUUGUUGUUAAAUUCAAAUUGGCAUGAAGUGUGUUUUUUUUUUUAUAUCUGUGUUAUGUGUCCCAAAGGUAUCAUUUUUAUUUCUAGGUAGGGAGAAAACAUUUUUUAUAAUUCUAUUUUGAGCUGUGUUCUUUCUGAUAAAACUACAGAACAACAGAAUAUAAGAUUUAACUGCUGACAAUAUGGCAGCUUUGGGUGUUUUUUUAAAAUAUGUUAUACCUUAUAAUUGUACAGUAUGUUAAACAUAAGACCGUUUUAUUAAAUAUCUGAAUUGCUUCAGCAGAGAACUGAAUAAAACAGAAUUAUGAAAUGGUAAUCUCCUGGGGCUGUAUAUUGUUUUUCUUCAUUUACCCAUAAUAAUAAAUCUAGCAUCCAUUACACUGUGUAACAAUUAUUUUUUUUUUGUUCCUGGGUAGUAAGCGUUAUUUC